CUGAAGCUCAGUCUCCUGCAAUCUGGGAUCAGAUUCAUUUCAGCUCAGAAAUCGAACAGAAGUGUUGAUUGAACGCAGCGCAGUGUUAUUGACUGAUCUGACCUGACACUAGCCUUGUGCGAAGUCAGCGGUUGCAAGAAGGACCAUCUUCAGGAGAAGUGCGAGAGCCAGAUUUGCUGUUGAGGAGGAGGCAGAAGAAGCAGAAGGAAGUUCGAGCAUUAAUUUGACGAAAUCCGCAAUGGCUGCCAAUGGAUACUCUGCGACUACGCCUGCCACCAAGACCACCGGCCGCAGGUUCGGAAGGAAAAAGAAAAGUGGAACAUCGGCCCUGGUGCACAACAAGAUGAACGAGCCAGGAAUGAAGAUGGUCGAGAUGCGAACCAGAAGCAACGAGCGGUGGGGGAUCAUGCGUGCGAAAAUCUCCGAGAAAUUUUCCCACUGGGGCGCCGCCAUGAGCCUCGGCUGCUUCACUGCUACUCACCCCGUCCAUCCCAUGCGCCGUCAAGCUGCCAAAGAGCUCAUGGUGCACAAGAAACAAGCUGCCACCGAGAGGAGAGUACAAAAGGAGGGAGCAGUUCACAGCAUUGCGGCUGCGAAGCGCGCCAGAGCACGUGAAGCUCGAGUGAAACAGCUGAACGAGGCCGUCCACCCGAAUGCAGUCCACAAUCCCUGAAGGUGCAUAUUAAAUAGUACCUUCUGGUCUACUUGCUUCACCAGGAUGCGAAGGACUAGCUUCGCGCUUGUGAAUAACCGUCUCUCAAAGCUCACCACGCGACGUUCACUAGCGGAGAAAGUACCCGUUCCUUGCUACAACUUCAUGCAACAGCAAUUAGGAGCUUAUGCACCAAAGAGUCGGACAGAUUGAAAAGCUCAGAUACUGGUAAUAACGGCCGCACUUUCUUCAGGGCGAUUUAAAAACAGCAGAGGGCAUACGGACAUAGGAUUUAAAAAGAUAAAUUUGUUGAUAAACACAUUGUUUGCGUUAGAUGGAUAUGCCUAUUAACACAGUCUAGUGGUUAGAGUUGGAGUGAAAGAUAUACAUAGGUUUGGAAAGCGACAAUAUCCUCGAUUACUUCGCCGCCUGUAUUGUAUGUGAAUAUGACUGUUUCGAGUUGAGUCGAAUUCGAAAUAAACGGCUGGUACUGUACACGCCAGUACCCAA